GCUGAGGACAGCCAUGCCAUCUCUGUUGUGCAGGGAAUAAAGAUACACUUGGAGAUCCUGCAACUGAAGGAGGAAAAAUGAGAGAGAGGGUAGCCAACUUCUGCAAGAGUUAUUACACGGGAGACAAAAUGCAUCUUGCGGUGCUCGGUGGAGAGGACCUGGACACUCUGGAGAAAUGGGUGCAGAAAAUGUUCUGCGGGAUUAGUCAUGGUCCAUCUGUUCCUCUGGAGGCCAAAUGGGAGGGGGGCUCGCCAUGGGAGCGCUCAGGAGUGAUCUACCGACUGGAGAGUGUGCUUGACACUCCUGUUCUUCGACUGAUCUGGUCAGUGCCUGCCAAAUUUUACGGCAGAGAACCAACUAGCGCAGUGUAUGUUGCCGUCCUGCUUGGCCAUGAGGGACCUGGUAGCCUGGCAGCCUUCCUCAAGGAUCUUGGUCUGGUAACUUCUCUUCUGACAUGGUCUGAUGACGAUGAGCAUCUAUCAACAAUGAAUCUGGCGAGUACCCUCACCAAGAAAGGUCAUGAGCAGGUUCUCGAUGUGAUUGGUUACUGCCACCAGUACAUCAAAAUGUUGCAGGAUAAGGGUCCUCAGGAGUGGUUCUGGAAAGAGAUGAAGCAAAUGGCAGAAGUGCAUGCACGCUUCGAACAGGAGGCACCGUCAGUGAGCCAUGUGCGGCAAUCUGCUUUGUUAUUGUCGCUUUAUCCGAAAGAGAUCGCUCUGGUCGGGUGUUCCUUGUACAUGAGCUGGAAACCUGAACUGAUACAGGAGCUGCUUGGCUGUCUUAAUCCUAGUAAUUUGCUCAUCACGGUAUCUGACAAGACCUCCUUCGGUAAAAAUGCACCAGGGGUCCUUGUAGAGCCUGUUUAUUCUACAUCGUACAUUAUCGACACAGUUCCUGAUGACAUUCUCAAAGAGUGGGAAAACCCGACGUCUGUUCAAGCCGAUUUUUGCCUACCCUCUCCCAAUCCUUUCAUUCCAGAAGAAUUCACCCUCAGAUGCCUUUCCCAGACUUCCCCCCCCAAAGGAGAACGAAGAGAAUCUCUGAAGGAAGACGAAGGCGAAGGCGAAGGCAAAACUGGAGGCCAUAAUGAGAGUGAAGGUUCUGCAACCAACAUCAAGGCAGUGGAGGAAGGAACAUCCAAGCAGACUGAUCAGGUGUGCAGCGAAAGCGACAGCAACACAACCACCAUCAACGAAGCGGAGGAGGGAACAAAUGUUGUCGAGCAAAAUGUGCAGCGCAUGGCUACAGAUGAUACCCGUGAGGCUGAUGGUAGUACUUAUCCAGCUGGCAAGGAUGACCACAAGGACCAGUUGGCUGAAGCGAUUGCAGGUACGACCCCUGCAGCUGGUGGUAAUCACGAUAAGCAGCCGCUAAACAAAGGUGCGGAAUUGAAGCAAGGGGAGGGACAGCAACAAGAUGGGGGGAAGCUAGCAUGUUGGACCAAGGUCAAACCAGAAGUCAUCUAUGAGGACGACUUCAUCAAAAUGUGGCAUAUGAUGGAUUUCAAAGUGAAGACCCCUCGAACAACUCUGUACUUGAAGCUUAGCACAGGGCAAAUCCACAGGACUGCAAGGGGAAUUGCACUUCUUAAGCUGUUCACAGUGAUUUUGAAUGAUGCGUUAGAGAAAGAAUUGUUUUCGGCUUCCUUGGCAGGCCUUGGGUUUUCAGUCCAGGCAUCCGAAAGCUACAUUUCGGUAAUUGUCCAUGGUUUCAGUCACAAGCUUCCUGUUUAUGCAAAAACUCUGUGUGAGUCAUUGUCAAAAGUGAAACUGGAGCCAAUGCGCUUUGAGGCAAAGAAGGACAUGAUUGUGAGAGCGUAUGGAGACCUGAAGAUAGAUGUGGAUGAUCACCUGGUGUCCCUGAGAAGUGACCUGUUGUUCACGGGUUUCUCAAAUGAAGAAAUUGGAGAAGCAUUUGCAACAAUCAGCCUGGAAGAUAUGCGCGAUUUCAUCCCUGAUAUGGUGGAUCAGAUUUGCGUGGAAGGUUUUGCCCAUGGGAACUUGCUAGCCGGCGAGGCACUUGCAUUUGUGAACGUGCUGAAGGAGGCACUGCCCCUCCACUUAACUCGUUUGUGUGAGCGCGUGAAAACGGAGUUCUAUGUGCUAAAGCCUGGUGUUGUUUACCUUGCCAGCGAACCCGCAAAAAAUGAAGAUGAAGAGAAUUCUGUUGUUGAGGGCCAUGCACUGCCCGUAUGGCGGAUUGUCCCACGGUUGUCGUUAGAAACCAUGACGGCGUGGCAUGCAAGUCUGAACCGCUUCAUGAGCAGCGAUGGUUUCCAUGUGCAUGUUGCUGUUGGCGACGUUGUCCUCCUGUCGUCGUCGUUGUUGAUGCUUUGCAUGAGGGUCACAGAUGCAAGGCGGGCGCUUCUGCCCACCCCUUGACCGUUAUCUUUGUUGCGUUUUUCAAUAUUGUUCUUCUGAUUGUUGCAAGCAUUGUUGUG